UGUCUCAACUUGCUGUGCCUCUUGCGACUGGGCUACGAGGUGUGGCAAAUCGAUUGUGAAUAGUUGAUUCAGAAUAGUUUUUACAGCUUGAGGCAAGGCUCACUUUAUGUGGGACCUGAAAGUGUUUUCCAGUUUUGGCAUUCGUGAUUUUUCGGUUCCUAUCAAAAUUUCUAUGCUAAAUGGAGAUAAAAUACAAACCCAGCACAAAAAGCAACUACCGAAAUACUGAAAACCCCGAAAAACUCAUACGUAAACAAUGAAAUGUUGUUGGCAGAAGCCGACGCGAUCAGUUGAGGCACUAACGGAAACUGAGUAUGUGGAAGUCUGUGGGCUGCAGCGCAGCUACACCUGGCUCAACAGCGAUGGCCAGCUAAUGAGCCGCAAGCUAACGGAGUACGAGUGUGAGCUGGAAAACGAUGUGCAGGAUCUGCAGGAUUCGCUCUUCUCCUUAACCUCGCACUAUGCCAAGAUUCAGUUUCGCUUGCGGCAAAUCGCCACGUCGACGGGCCAGGAGCGCCUGUGCCUGCUGCACGAGCUGGAGCGUGUCAUCUGCCAGGGCAUCGAUGACAACGAGCAGAACAACGAGCUGCCCAGUCUGCUGAACGAUGCGCACAGGCUGGGCAACGUGCGUCUCAAGCAGCGCAACAUCAUUGCCGAGCUGAGGAGUCGACUCAAGAACUUGGCCGAGGUCGCGGACACCUGCUUCUGCAUGGAGUACUUAAGCAGCUACGAGACGAGCGAAUAUUGGCCAUCCGAGUCGGAGGACUGGGACCAAAUCUCAUGCGCUUCGAAUGCCCAGUUGCAUGACAAGCAUUGCUGCUGUAUCGUGUGCAGGGAGCGGGCCUCUGCGGUGGCAUGCAGGUGUGGCUACCUCUCGGAGAUCUGGAAUCACGAUGAUUACGUUGACGUCGACGAGACCUACGCAAAAGAGGAUGUGAAAAAGAAACGUACUAAAAAGAAGAAAGAGAAGCGCAUGGAAAGUAAAUCGCCACCCAAAACUCCACCGAUUGAGCCGAAGAGUUCUAAGCGCAGUAAAUCGCCUGUUAAGAGUCCCACAACUUCCAGCUAUAAGCAAAGGAGUGAACCGGAUAAGUCUAGCAAAAGUAACUCGAGAGGUUUAACUCAGCGCAGCCCCUUUGCCCAACAGCCUUGGAAGUCCCAUACAUCGGCACGCCACAAUCUAACCAAGUCGACAUCCCAUGAGAGACAGGAAAUUAAAAACAAGACCGAGAGACGUCUGGCGAGCCCUCUCAUCUCCAAAAUUUUCAAUGAACUGGAGCCCAAAAUACAUCACAUGACCCUGCAACAAGUUGCGGCCCUCGACAAACUGCACUCGAACCAUCGCAUAGAAUCGAAUAGAUCGAGCCACAGACCUGGCGACAGUCCACGAAGCUACCCGCUGCAGGCCUCCAAGAGCGAGACUGGCAGAAAGGGCAGUCGCAAUAAUGCCCAAAGCUCGCUCAGUCAACUGGAGGUGAAGAGGAGAAGCUCCUCUAGAGCUAAGGAAUCGUCGCGAAUGUGUUCUUGCGCGACGGGCCAGCAAGCUAGAGCUCGAGACUCGACUAGAACUAGUCCGCAGUGCUCUAGAUUGCAAGGCCUCAACAAUCCGCCCCAUCAGCGCGGCAAAUCAUUCGGCUUAGCUCCGAAUACGCCAAGAACUAGUUCGAGGAACACAUCCAAUAUGCGUGCCACCAAAUCGUGUCACGCCUAUCAGGACAUUCAGAAGCUCUCGCCGGACGCAGGCGUCUGCACACGAAAAUCCUGCCUCAAAUCAAAGCCCGCCGAUGGCAGCAGCUGGAAGCAGGUCAAAUGCAAGUUCAAGAGUGAACCCAACCUACGCAUCGAGUAUUCCGUUGAUGCCAUGGACCUGAGUGCACAUGCGCCAAGGCCAACGACUGCGCUGCGCGGCACCAGCUCGGCUUGCGGAUGCCACACACAAGAAACCGACUCAUGCCACACUCCAACAGCGGAGACUAAGGACAACAAAGGCGAGGGCAAAUCGAUUGGCAAAUCCAAGUUGACUAAGCAGCAGAGCAGCACAAGCACGAAGAGCCAGUCGAUUGCGCAGAUGUUUACCCCAUGCAGCAAGCCGCAAGCUCAGGUCUGCGUGAACGUGCCACCUGACUGCUGUAAGCCUUGCUAUCCGGUCUAUCCAAGUACUUGCAGCAAAUACGGUUCCGUUCAACGCACUUCCUUCGGACGUCGCUUCUGUCAGCUCAUCUGCUCCAGGCUGCGUACACAACUGGAGGAUCCGAAUACUCAAAAGAAAGGACGCGACAAAUCAAAGUCGAAGGCAAAGGCAGAAAUCAGUAAGCCCAAGAAAGCUGAUGAUGAUAAGGCCAAGGCUUGAGCUCCAAAGUUGUUAGGGAGGGCGGAAGCACCAAGAUUGGAAGGAUAAUCCUAAGUUAUUUUAAAACACUCUCAAAGCUCAGCAGCUGCUUAACUGACUUUGACAAUGUUUUAGCAUAGUUUAGGGCUAUACCAACGGCUUCCCAAGUGAUAUAUAUAUUUUUUGAAGGGUUGUAGAGCUUAGUAUAUGAAGUAGCAUAGUAUGUGAGGUGUGCGUUUGCUAUGAACAAUAAAAUUACAUUAUUUAAAUUGGUAAA